GGUCACCUGCCAGGACGAGCUGGGCAACUCUGUUUUUAUAACGUUUCAAGGAUGGAAGCGACCACGGGCCACACGCAGUGACGUCAUCGCACCUUUGAUCAUGGCCCGGUGACGAUGACGACAUCGUGACGUCUGGCCAUUUCCGCGGCCGUUCACCGCUCAUCUGAGCUGAACUCGUGUGUUUGACGUUCAAUCGUCCGAGCGCGCGCGACCGGGAAGAGGGAGGAGGUGACGACCUGACCACACGAGGCCGGACGCACCGAAGACCCCUGACGUCAGUGGCCUGUGACGGACUCGGUAACCUGGUCCCGGGCAGCGCACACGGGACAAGAGAGGAAGGGGAGAAAGUGAAACCCGCGCGUCACAAUCAGAAUCAAAUGUAUUGCCAUGGUCAGUGGGGAGCCCACAAACCAGGAAGGUGUUUUGGAAUAACAUGCAGUCAAAAAGUAAAUAAAUAAUUACAUUAAAAUAAUAAUAAACCGUCUGAGGGCCGAGGGGAAGAAGCUGUUCCUCUGACGGGAGGUUGUGGUCUGGAUGGACCGCAGCCUCCUGCCAGAGGGAAGAGGGACAGACAGUGCAUGUCCAGGGUGAGAAGGGUCACGUCUCUGGCUCCUGCAGACAUACAGGUCCUGAAGAGGUGCAACGAUACGGUGGCCGGGAGAGCUCACAGCAACACAGAGUCACCGCGCAUGUGCGGACGUCGCCGGGGCGGGAGUGCUGUUGCGCACGGACCAAAUAACUGAGGCAGAAAUACCGUUUUAAGGCGGAGGUUUCUUGAAAGAAGCGGAACCAGCCGGAACCAGUGAGCACCUCCGCCCUGACGCCGGCGCUCCCGUCCUGUCCAGGAUGCAGAGGAACACGGAGGCCAAGGUGAAGAAGCUGCUGAAGCAGCAGAAGGUCCAGCUGUGGAACCCGCCCUACACCCGCAACCAGCAGCCCAGUCCGGAGGACGUGCAGGAGCUGGCCCAGGUCUUUGCCCCGCUGCUGGACCUGCCGGCCCCGGAGCUGGCCGAGGUUCUGGAGCGCAUCCGAGCGCAGUCAGUCCACAGGGGCCGAGGCAACAAGAUGUUCCGAGAGACCAGCGUGGCCACGCUGGAGCUGCUGCUGCCGAGAGACGCCCAGCAGGUGGCGUGCUCUCCCGUGGCUGCGUGCAGCAAGGAUCAGCGGCGGAAGACCUUCCUGGAGACUCGGCUGGAUGUUCCUGUCCAGGUGCUGAUGGACAGGAUGGCAGAGGAGUGGGGCUUGAAGAAGGUCAAGCUCAUCCUGAGCGGGAGGAGUCUGUGCGCAGCUCCUGGAGCAGCAGGGCGUGAAGAACCACAGCCGCAUCAUGGUGCUGAAGCUGAGCGAGGACCAGGAGCAGCAGCAGCAGGAGGAGGAGCAGAGCGUGCAGCGGUCCCUGAGGGGCUUCCAGAUCCUGUCGGAGCGAGAUGGGAGCCAGGAGCAGGAGAGCAGCCCCUUCCUGCAGGUGGCCGAUCAGAAGGGCAACGUGCUGAAGAUCCCCGAGUCGGAGAGGAAGGUGGUGUUCCCUCGCCGCAGCGCGUGGUGUGCUUCUGUCCAGCGACCCUUCUGUCUGUGUGUGUGUCUGCCUGCGUGUGUGUGCGUGCGCAGGCCCUGACCCUGGCCAUGAGCCUCCACGAGAAAGGUCGCUCUCUGAUGAAGAGGAGGCAGUAUGAACACGCUCUGGCUCACCUGCUGCAGGCCGACGCCCACUUCAGCGCCUGCCGCUCGCAGCUCCUGCUCUCGGUGGACAACUCUGGGCUGCUGCAGCUGGACAUCGUCUGGUGUUACCGCGGCCUGGAGGCGCUCAGCUGCCUGGAGGACGCCCGCGGCCGCCUGCAGAGGGCGGAGGAGAGCUUCAGACGGAGCUACGGUGCCGAGCAGCAGAGGCUGCAGAGGAUCAAGGGCAACACUGGCGGAGAGGAGGUUCUGUUUGUCCGUCUCCACUUGCUGCAGUGCCUGCUCUGCUACGUCCAGGGAGAAGAUGGAGCGGCACGCAGCCACCUGCGCACGGCCGAGUCCCUGUACCUGCGCGUGUGUGUGGACCCGGAGAAGCUGUGUCAGCUGAUGUCGCUGGGCUUCACGGAGCGAGAGGCUCGGCUGGGACUGCGGGCGUGUCAGGGCGAGGUGGCAGAGGCCGCCGCCCACAUCACUCGCCGGAGAGAGGAGAAGGAGGAGCUGAAGAGGAAGGAGCGGCUCAACAAAACCAUCAGGUCCAGGAUGACGGCGUCUCUGAUGGAGCUCGGCUUUUCCUCACGAGACGUGAGCCGAGCGCUGGACCAGAGUGAGGGCGACGCCGACCGCGCCUACCAGAUCCUGUCCUCGCCGAGCGUCAGUCCCGGCUCGCUGGAGCAGCUUCUCUACCUGGGCUUCGACAGCAGCGCGGCGGAGGCGGCGCUGCGCCUGGCGGCCGGAGAUCUCCAGGCAGCCACCCAGCUGCUGCUGGACGAGCAGGCCGUGGUCUCCUCCGGGUCCUCCACUGAGGAGUCCAGCCCCUCCUCCAGCACGUCAGAGGAGGCGGCGCUGGUCAGCCAGGUGCUGGAGGACAUCUGCCACCACGAGGACGAGCACCUGGACGAGACGCUGGAGGAGGAGCGCGAGCUGAUGACCUCGCUGAGGAAGCACCUGGGCGGCGAGUAGAGGAGAACAGGCCACGGCGCGUCGCUGUAAACAAUACACAGUUUGUGGACAGA